AUGGCCGGAAGCCCCGAGGGGAAGUCCCAGGGCCAGCCAAUGUCCUCGGUCCCCGCCCUGACAGCAGAAGAAGCCUCUGGAGCCCCUGAAGUGAUUCCCAGGCCGGAAGUGGGGGAGCUCCCGCCAUGGCAGGCCCAGGGUCCCACCCAGCCUGGCCAGAUGAGCCCGCCCGGCUUCCCGCUGCCCGCCUGGUACCAGCCGCAGACCAGGAAGAGAAACAACCUUCUCAAGCUGCUGGGCGCCUUCCACGUUGUCCUUGCUCUGCUGCACUUGCUCUUCGGGAGCUGCCUGGUCUCCACUGUCAAGGGUCUUCACCUGGUGGUGCUGAAGUCGUGGUAUCCAUUCUGGGGGGCUGCCUCUUUCCUCAUUUCGGGGAUCUUGGUGAUCAUGACGGAGCUGUUUCGGAAGACUUACCUGAGGAGGCUUUGCCUGAUUGCACAUGCCGUCAGCUGCUUCUGCGUGCUCGCUGGCCUCUUUGUCGUCGCCAAAGAUCUCUUCCUGGAGGGUCCCUUUGACUUCCCGAUCUGGACACCGUACCCCAGCAGCACACUCCACAUCCAGAGGCUGGAGCUGGUCCUGCUCUGCUUCACGGUCCUGGAUUUCUUCCUGCUGGGCUCCACGACUGUCUUCGUGUGCCGCCUUAACUGCGGGCCGGCAGAGGAAGACGACUUGAUCCUUGUUCAGGACACACCAGUGAGAAUCAGGAAGUGGUCCAUGGGUCCUCCGCCAUCCUAUGAGGAUGCGACUCUAGGUGGCAUGAUCGGUGUCCAAACCAGCGUCCACACCAGCUCCCUCGAGGAAGUCAAGUGA